CGUUUCACAACAAGCACACGCUCUCAGAAAUCAGAAAUUAGUGGAGCAGUUGACUCGUGUGCUCUCAACAACCUUCUCUCUCGAUCUCUCGAUCUCUUCCACUCUUCUACUCUUCUCUCACAUCUCUUCACUCCUAUUACUACAUACGCCAGGCAAAAUGCCUGUAUGUCCCAUCUGUGACACAGACUUCGAUGCCGGCCAUCCCGACUUCGAGGCUCACGUUCACUCCCACUUCGAUCAAGAUGGGGACAACGCAUCCGCCCAUGACGACGACAUCGAGAUUAUUGGAAGCAUUGGUCCUCGAAGCGUGGAGUGCUUUAUCUGCGGCGCCCAUCUGACGGGUCUGGGCGAAGCACACCAGAACGCCCACGUCUCUGCUUGCCUCGAUAGGCGGGAAAGGACCGACCACUUCGAGGCUCAGUCUCUCUACUCUUCCGAAGAUGAGGAGAGCACGCAGCAGAACGGUCGCAAGGCGAGGAGCGCCGCUGGCGUGUUAUGGGAUGGUAAGGUGUUCGCAAGCCAGAGGAAGGGGAAGGAUGCAAGAGUUGAGGGCGACAGGUGGUGGGAUCCUGUUCGUGGAGGGCUUUCAACUCACGAUCUGCCGCCGAACUUCUCGCCUGGCAUCGUGCUUGCUCUCAAAGAGCUUCUGCUCCGCUCAGUGAAGAGCAAGGAAACGCGGCGUGCCGUGUUGUCCCGCCAUGCCGUGCACAUUAAAGGCGCCUUUGGCUUUGAUGGCUCCUGGGGAUGUGGAUACCGUAAUGCCGAGAUGUCGAUUGCUUCGCUACUUUUGCUCCCUAAUUCGCCUUACACUUCACUAUUUUCCGGGGAGAGCGAGCCCUCUGUACGCACCAUCCAGAACUGGAUCAAUGAAGCCUGGCGCGCCGGGUAUGAUCCUGCUGGGCGGGCCCACUUCAAGGGCAAGAUCGUGGGAACGUCUAAGUGGAUCGGGCCAUCCGACCUGUACGCAAUGUUCUCAUACCUAGGCGUCCCCUGUACCGUCUAUGACUUCCCCAAGCCCGCCGACCGCUCCGUUCCUGCGAUGUCCCACCCGGAGCCAUCCUACGACAUCCUACUGCGUUGGGUCAAGCGAUAUUACAACACCAUCGACCCGGACCUUCAGGAAGAUGGGGAGAACUCUGAUAGCUUUCUGUGCAACACGCCGCCUGUUAGGAUCUCUGAUCAGCUCCCCCUUAUGCUCCAGCACAACGGUCACUCCCGCACGAUCGUAGGAUACGAGGAGGACUUCCGCGGACGGACCAAACUCCUCCUGCUAGACCCUGGAAAGGCCAUUCCCAAACAUGUGCGCGAGGACGGGCUGAAGCUCUUGAAGGAUGAGCGUACUAGGGCGUCCUCGACACCGGUCUCCGCACUGGAAAGUGCGUCCGACGACAGGGCAAACGAAGACGGAACCAACAAGAUUCGCGAGGGUGCCGAUGCCGCCCAGCCAACGUCGGAUGACGAAGUGGGACCGGACGGGUGGGUCAAGCGCAAGAUAAAGAAACCCAAGUCCGGCAGCGCAUUGAGCACGUCGCUAUCAGUUUUCCGCAUGAAGCCGCAACGGGAGCAAAAGGAGUUCCAAGUGCUGGCAUUUCCGGGCACUGAGUUGCUCUCCCUGGAACAGCGCGCGGAUCGCCGCAAGCCCAAGUCCGUGAGAGUCAUAGUGUGAAGAUUGAGCCGACCCGCGCUUUGUCUGAACUACGCGAAGCGCUGUACACUGAAAGACUGGCCUUGUAUGUGCGCCUCGGUUGUACUGUGUGCCAUGCGGACGGCGCCAAGAGACGACGCGUCGAACGCGUCGAGGUGUUUCAUUGCAUUUCAUAUCACGUCAUUUGAUCAAUCGGACUCUGCUCCCGCCGUGGGGACGUAUCACCGGUCACCAAGUAACCGCGGAACCCAGCAUUUGGCCACUCGGUGGCAAAUCCAAGACGUCACUACCCUGGCUAUCUGCGGGUGUUGUUGACAGCGCCUUGACAGCGCCUCAACCUCCAGAGGUGGGUCGAUGUGUGUGAGCCCUGAUGCACUCUUGUCUC